GGGGCCACAUCGUCAGUGAAACGGACGGGUAUAGGGUUAGGGAGUUGGGGGAUCGGGAGGAAGAGAGUAGGGAGACGAGAGGAGGAAGAAGAGGCGGGCAGCGAGGAGGGAGGAGAUCGGCGGCGAGCGGCGAGAGGGGAGGAGAAGGUAGGUUGCGAUGGCGUCCGGGUGGGGCAUCAACGGGAACAAGGGGCGGUGCUACGACUUCUGGCUGGACUUCAGCGAGUGUAUGAGCCGCUGCCGCCAGCCCACCGACUGCGGCCUCCUCCGGGAGGACUACCUCGAGUGCCUCCACCACUCCAAGGAGUUCCAGCGCAGGAACAGAAUCUACAAGGAGGAGCAACGUAAGUUAAGAGCUGCUAUUCGUCGUAGGGAGGAGGCGGCAAAGGAGAAGGCUGAGGGAGCUCCUGCUGUUUCAGCUCAGCAUUAGCCACUCCGAUAAAAUUCAUGUGUGCUUUUUGUUUGCUGUCAAAACUUUGUUCUACUGUGAUGCUAAGAGCAAGGCAAUAAUUCCCCACCUUCAUGUUGGACUACACAAACUCUUUUCCCCUCUCACUCCAUGACUUUGAUCUGUAUCAAGGCGUUGCAUAAACCAUCAUGGUGAUGAAGUUUUCGUGCCUGUUUUGGAUAAUUUUGCGAUAAUGAUGGUUGGUUCGAUCAUCAUAUUUUGCACGUUUA